AUGCCAGCUGGCCUAUAUAAGAGGAGGACAAAGGCGGCGCGCCGCCUGUGUCAUCCGCCAUCUUGUGCGAAGCAAGGUGGCCUCCACGUUCCCUGAGCGUCUUCUCCGCUUUUGCCUCGACCGCCCCUUGAUCACAGACAUGUCUCGGGACCGGUUCCGGAGCCGUGGCGGUGGCGGUGGCGGCUUCCACCGGCGCGGAGGAGGCGGUGGCCGCGGCGGCCUCCACGACUUCCGCUCCCCGCCACCCGGCAUGGGCCUCAAUCAGAACCGCGGACCCAUGGGUCCCGGCCCGGGCCAGGGUGGCCCCAAGCCCCCGAUCCCGCCACCGCCUCCGCACCAGCAACAGCAGCAGCCACCGCCGCAGCAGCCGCCACCACAGCAGCCGCCGCCGCUUCAGCCGCCACCGCAUCAGCCGCCGCAUCAGCAGCCUCCGCCGCCACAGGACUCGUCUAAGCCCGUCGUUCCUCAGGGACCCGGCCCGGCUCCCGGAGUGGGCAGCGCUCCGCCGGCCUCCGGCCCGGCACCGCCUGCUACUCCUCCGACCUCCGGCGCCCCUACGGGGCCUGGCCCCACCCCGACCCCGCCGCCCGCUGUCACCUCGGCGCCCCCUGGGGCGCCCCCGCCCGCGCCGCCGAGCAGCGGGGUCCCCACCACCCCGCCUCAGGCCGGGGGCCCGCCACCUCCCCCCGCAGGGGGCCCGGGCCCCGGGCCUAAGCAGGGCCCAGGACCCGGAGGCCCGAAAGGCGGCAAAAUGCCAGGCGGGCCGAAGCCCGGCGGCGGCCCGGGCCUAAGCACUCCUGGCGGCCACCCCAAGCCGCCGCACCGAGGCGGCGGGGAGCCCCGCGGAGGCCGGCAGCACCACCCGCCCUACCACCAGCAGCACCACCAGGGGCCCCCGCCCGGCGGGCCCGGCGGCCGCAGCGAGGAGAAGAUUUCCGACUCAGAGGGGUUUAAAGCCAACUUGUCUCUCUUGAGGAGGCCUGGAGAGAAAACUUACACUCAGCGUUGUCGGUUGUUUGUUGGGAAUCUACCUGCUGAUAUCACAGAGGAUGAAUUCAAAAGACUAUUUGCUAAAUAUGGAGAACCAGGAGAAGUUUUUAUCAAUAAAGGCAAAGGAUUUGGGUUUAUUAAACUUGAAUCUAGGGCAUUGGCUGAAAUUGCCAAAGCUGAACUUGAUGAUACACCCAUGAGAGGUAGACAGCUUCGGGUUCGCUUUGCCACACAUGCUGCUGCCCUCUCCGUUCGAAAUCUUUCACCUUAUGUUUCCAAUGAACUGUUGGAAGAAGCCUUUAGCCAAUUUGGUCCUAUUGAAAGGGCCGUUGUAAUUGUGGAUGAUCGUGGAAGAUCUACAGGGAAAGGCAUUGUUGAAUUUGCUUCUAAACCAGCAGCAAGAAAAGCCUUUGAAAGAUGCAGCGAAGGUGUUUUCUUACUGACAACAACUCCUCGUCCAGUCAUUGUGGAACCACUUGAACAAUUAGAUGAUGAAGAUGGCCUUCCUGAAAAACUUGCACAGAAGAAUCCAAUGUAUCAAAAGGAGAGAGAAACGCCUCCUCGUUUUGCCCAGCAUGGCACAUUUGAGUAUGAAUAUUCUCAGCGAUGGAAAUCCCUGGAUGAAAUGGAAAAACAGCAAAGGGAACAAGUUGAAAAAAACAUGAAAGAUGCAAAAGACAAAUUGGAAAGUGAAAUGGAAGAUGCCUAUCAUGAGCAUCAGGCAAAUCUUUUGCGUCAAGAUCUGAUGAGACGCCAGGAAGAAUUAAGACGCAUGGAAGAACUUCACAAUCAAGAAAUGCAAAAACGUAAAGAAAUGCAACUAAGGCAAGAAGAAGAACGACGUAGAAGGGAAGAAGAGAUGAUGAUUCGUCAGCGUGAAAUGGAAGAGCAAAUGAGACGCCAAAGAGAGGAAAGUUAUAGCCGGAUGGGCUACAUGGAUCCAAGAGAAAGAGACAUGAGAAUGGGUGGUGGAGGAGCAAUGAACAUGGGAGAUCCCUAUGGUUCAGGAGGCCAGAAAUUUCCACCUCUAGGUGGUGGUGGUGGCAUAGGUUAUGAAGCUAAUCCUGGAGUCCCACCAGCAACCAUGAGUGGUUCCAUGAUGGGAAGCGACAUGCGUACUGAGCGCUUUGGGCAGGGAGGUGCGGGACCUGUGGGUGGACAGGGUCCUAGAGGAAUGGGGCCUGGAACUCCAGCAGGAUAUGGUAGAGGGAGAGAAGAGUAUGAAGGCCCAAACAAAAAGCCCCGAUUUUAGAUGUGAUAUCUAGGUUUUCAUUCCAGUUUGUUUUUGUCUUUUCUUGUUUAGAUACCAAUCUUUUAAAUUCUUGCAUUUUAGUAAGAAAGCUACCUUUUUAUGGAUGUUAGCAGUUUAUUGACCUAAUAUUUGUAAAUGGUCUGUUUGGGCAGGUAAAAUUAUGUAAUGCAGUGUUUCAAACAGGGGAAUUUUUUUCCUUUUCCUUUUUUUUUUUUUUUUAACUGUAUAAUGUCCCUCAAGUUAUGGCAGUGUACCUUGUGCCACUGAAUUUCCAAAGUGUACCAAUUUUUUUUUUACUGUGCUUCAAAUAAAUAGAAAAAAUAGUUAUAAUAUUGAUCUUCAACUUUGCCAUUCAUGCUUCUAUGCACAUUAGGCUAGGUAUUCCACUUUGAAAGCAUGAGCGUGUCUAGGCCUUCGAAUGGCACAUGCCAUUUCUGGGAAAUGUAUCUGUAGGCUAAGUAUUGCUUUCUACAAAUAAGUACCCCCUUGUUUUAAAAAGAAGAAAUGCAUAUUGAAGUAGUUUCAUGAUUUGAUUUGUUUGGCAUUAGAGGAAGCAAGCUGGUGCUAAGUAUUUUUAAAUGGUUAUGUAAGCAAGCUGAACUGUAAAUCUUCCUUCAGGAAUGUGUAUUAAGAUUAUGGAAUGGGUGAAAGACUAUUGGUAGGGGGAGAAAGUGGGUAUGACUAAAUGGAUCUUUAUGGCCCUAUGAUCUAUCCUUUCCUUGAAAGUUUCUGAAGAAAAAGUGGAAAGAUCAUUCUGUUGCAUUCCUCCAUUCUUGUUUUUAAAAGAACAAGUCCCAAGCCCUACAAAUGGCUUGUAUUGAACUUUCACAUUUGAAUUAAAGAUUGUUAAACAUGAAGCCUUUUCAUGUAUUACUUCAAGCGAUUUAUGAAGAUGGGGUUUAGUCUGAAAAAUGCAACUCGAAAGUAAGCGUAGUAACCAUAAAGUAGGUUUAGCUAUAUAUGCAUUUGUACUCUGUAACUUUUAUAUCUCCUUGUGCUACUGCUGGUGGGCAAAAUCUGUAGGACUAUAAAAAUCUACUUGUUCUCUUGUCUAAGUAAACUAGUGGUGACUGUUAAUGACAAGUAGGGUUCCAGAUAAUGAUUCUUACUGUAAAAUAUUUGUUAACUUGUUUUUCAUAGUUCACUUUCGAUGUAGCACUAAAUCUGGAGAGAGUUGUUUAUGCUACACAGUACAAAUAGCCCUUCCUCCCACUGUAAAGUUCUGGAGUGUUUCGA